GGAUAGGAGCGCGGGGAGGCCUGCGAUCACCAGGUGUAGGGGCGAGAAUGGAGGGGUCCUUUCGUGAGGACGAGAUGGGGCUGGUGUGUAGGAGCAGUGGGGCCUGUGUGGUGAGAUCUGAAACCCCUAAGAUGAGUGAGGCAGGGGUCAACAAAGAUGACAGGGGAGACCAUGAUGUCCCCAGGCUUCCACCGGCAGUUCUCCACGCAGGAGCAGACCCCCCAGAUCUGUGUGGUGGGCAGUGGCCCAGCUGGCUUCUACACAGCCCAACACCUGCUGAAGCACCACCCCCGGGCCCACGUGGACCUCUACGAGAAGCAGCUCGUGCCCUUCGGCCUGGUGCGCUUUGGUGUGGCACCCGACCACCCCGAGGUGAAGAAUGUCGUCAACACCUUCACCCAGACGGCCCGCUCGCAGCGCUGUGCCUUCCACGGCAACGUGGUGGUGGGCAGGGACGUGGCCGUGGCCGAGCUGCGGGAGGCCUACCACGCCGUGGUGCUGAGCUAUGGGGCAGAGGCCCAUCGGGCCCUGGGGAUUCCUGGUGAGGAGCUGCCGGGGGUGCUCUCCGCCCGGGCCUUUGUGGGCUGGUACAACGGGCUUCCUGAGAACCGGGAGCUGGCGCCAGACCUGAGCUGUGACACGGCUGUGAUCCUGGGGCAGGGGAACGUGGCUCUGGACGUGGCCCGGAUCCUGCUGAGCCCCGCUGAGCACCUGGAGAAAACGGACAUCACGGAGGCUGCCCUGGCGGCACUGAGGCAGAGUCGGGUGAAGACGGUGUGGAUAGUGGGCCGACGAGGGCCCCUGCAAGUGGCCUUCACCAUUAAGGAGCUUCGGGAGAUGAUUCAGUUACCAGGAACCCGGCCUGUUUUGGAUUCUGCAGAUUUCUUGGGCCUCCAGGACACAAUCAAAGAGGCCCCCCGCCCCAGGAGGCGGCUGACAGAACUGCUGCUUCGGACGGCCACAGAGAAGCCAGCGGCGGAGGAGGCUGCUCGCUGGGCAUCGGCCCCCCGCGCCUGGGGCCUCCGCUUUUUCCGAAGCCCACAGCAGGUGCUGCCCUCGCCAGGUGGGGACCGGGCGGCAGGCAUCCGUCUGGCAGUCACCAGACUGGAGGGUAUUGGUGAGACCGCCCGGGCAGUGCCCACUGGAGAUACAGAGGACCUCCCUUGUGGGUUGGUGCUGAGCAGCGUUGGGUACAAGAGCUGCCCUAUCGACCCCACUGUGCCCUUUGACCCCAAACUUGGGGUCAUCCCCAAUACAGAGGGCCGGGUUGUGGAUGUGCCAGGCCUCUACUGCAGCGGCUGGGUGAAGAGGGGCCCCACAGGCGUCAUUGCCACCACCAUGACUGACAGCUUCCUCACCGGCCAGACUCUGCUGCGCGACCUGCAGGCCGGACUGCUGCCGUCCGGCCCCCGGCCGGGCUACGCGGCCAUCGAGGCCCUGCUUAGCAGGCGAGGGAUCCAGCCCAUCUCUUUCUCAGACUGGGAGAAGCUGGAUGCCGCGGAGGUGUCCCGGGGCCAGGCUGCUGGGAAGCCUAGGGAGAAGCUGCUGGACCCCCAGGAGAUGCUGCGGCUGCUGGGGCGCUGAGCCCAGAUCCAGCAGGGCAAGGAGGGAGGAGUGCUAUGCAUGGGAGGGGGGCCCAGGGUCAUCCGGGCUCCACAGCUGCCUCACCAGCCUGCCCUGGGCCUCGGCGGCCGCUCCCAGGGGCCUCUGAGUAACUUCCUCCUGCCAGAGGUCGCCUUGUUGGUGUGCAUUAGGGGAGGGGAGAGGUGAGGCUGACCUUCCUCUCCCACCUCUCUCCUGUGGCCCGUCACCGAGUCAGGAAUAUGAUGGAAAUAAAACCACUGCAAUGGAA